AUGCACUUAUAAAGAAACUUAAAUUUAACAACGAUUUUUGAUUUACAUAAUUUUUAAUUCCUGAAUUUUUUUAAUCAUCAUUUUCAUUCAAAUUUAACAAUUUCAAUGGCAAAUUUGCAAAAUAAAAAUAAAUUUUGUAUUCUUACAUCAAAACAAGCACAACAUAAUAGGAACUAUAAAGUUCAGUUAUUUUAAUUUUCUUAUAAUUAGAUUACACUUAAUAUUUAAUAGAUUACCCGUUUUAUAAUCACAUAAAGUUUUUAGAAUUUUGAUUUUUUUUAAGGAAGGGUCAGCAACAGUUAAUUUUCCAAUAGGCUAAGGCUUCACCCCUGCUUAGUUUCUUCUCAUCCAACUAUUUAGUUUAAUUUACCUGAUUUAUUGAGCAAUCCCACUCUCCAGCAUCACAAACUCAACACUUGAUGCCAAUUUCCUCAAAUUUCCCACCCACAAAACUUCUAUGUUCCUUAAAAUCCAACAAUUUAGUCAACUUUCCAUUCACAAAAUCAAAAAUUUCAUUAAUUUCAUCACAAUUUUCCCUCAAAUACUUAAAACUUUGAACCAAAAGCUUCUUAAAGCUCCCUUUACAAUCCUUAAAAGCAUCCUCAGCAACAUCAAUCAUGUCUUUGACAAAAUUCAUGUCUUCUGGAUGAGUUUCGAUUGAAAUUGUAAUUGGAUUGCAUGUGCUGUUGAUGCUGAAUAUUUUAUUGAAUUCUUCUGUUGGAUUUUGAGCUGAAUUUUUGAUAUUGUCGAUGAAAUUUUCAAUUUCUGUGAGAUUUUUGAGCGAUAUUAAGCUUGUCAAUGGAUUUGUGAUGUUGGUGCAUUUUGGAGUCAUAAGUCUGAGUGCUUUAGGUAACUCAUGACCUCCAGAUUGUGAAAACUUCCAAAUAAAAGCACCAAAAAUAAUCACAAAAAUCGUGAAAAAUGCUCCAAAAAUUGUUGCAAAAAAUUUGGAAUUUCUUUUCAAAAAUUGAAAUUUUGAAAACUUUUUCAACUUUUUUGGACCAUCCAAAAGUUUUUGAGCUUCAAAAUCAAAGUUGCAGUCUUUGUGGAUUUUUGAGACUUUUCUUUUCUUCUUUGGAACUUUUUGAUCAAUUUCUUCAUGUCCAUCAAGCCAUCCAAGAGCACUCAGCAUGUCUGGAUGGAUUCGUUCUCUGUAAAAUUUGAAUAAUUCUGGAAAGUUCAUUUCACAUUCCUUCCUCAUCUCCUCAUUAUCUAGGUAGUGUGCAAUCAAGUGAUUCGGCCUGACAAUCAGCUCUGAAUACCUCAAUUUCUCCUCAUAUCCAUAGACUGCGUCAAUGAUUUUCUCACUUUUUGAAUAUUUUUUGCAUGAUUCGUAGACUUCAUGGAAGUCCUUUGCUCUCUUAGCGUCACUACUGUGAAACGGUCGACAGCAAUUGCCAUACAAAAAGUUUACCACAAAGUGCGUCAUUUCGUGGAUUAAAGUUGCAAGAAAUAAGUUUUUCUGGUCAUCAGUCAGCAAAUUUUUACAGGCAAUGAAGAUCGAUGAGUUAGCAAAAUAUCCACGAGUUCCAGGACCUUCGGAUGGAUCCAAAUAAUUCACUGAGUCUCUCUCAAAAUCAAGAAUGAAAUCCACAUCAGAAACUGCGAUGAUCCUUAAAAUUGGUCUGAAUGACUCGACAUCAAAGAGAAGAUUUAAGGAAUUCCUAACCUCAAAUUGAUAUUUUUGUCUGUGGAUCUCAAGGAUGUUCAGGCAUUUAAUCCUUUUUUCAACGUCCAGGACACACUUUUCAUAUAAAGCACUUUUGUAUCUAUCGUGGAUGAACUUGACAAUUACUUUGGCUUCUUCGUCAAGGUUUAAGUCCAUUAGAUCCUCAUGACUGCCUAUAGUCGAGUUAUUCAUCAUCAAGAGCUUGUAGAUCUCAAAUUCUCGAUUUUCUAGAGCUGCAAAUGCUGCUGACUUGUUAAAUUCGUUAAAAUAGUAUCGAAGUUUUAGAUUAUAAAGGACUUCCUUGGCUUUUUUAAUGUCACUAAGCUUGAUGGCUUCAUGAAUUUCAUUAAUCUUGUUACUGAACAUCUGCAAUUCCACAGACUUGUCAAUUUUAUGGUAGUUUUUAGGAUAUUUUGAGUCAUUUUGAAGAAGCAUAAGAAGAAUCUCGGAGUUUUUUAGUUUGCAUGCCAAGUCUGCAGCUUUAGUUCCAUUUAUUUCAUAAUUGACAUCAAAAAAGUUUAGAUUUAGCCAGAAAAUUGUCGCACUGACGUUGCCACACUCAACUGAGAUCAUCAAGAGAUUAAAUGCACUGGAAUCUUUAACAUUCAGCAAGUCUCGAUUUAUUUUCAGUCCGAAAUCUUUUUGCUCGAAAUUCAGGUCAAAAAUUGCUAGCAUUGAGUCGAAAUUGCACAUCCUAGCUGCAUUUUGAAGGAGUCUAAUGCUGAAAUUGUCAACAUUGUCUAAGGAAUUUUCAAAUAAUUGAAGGAACCGAAUGCACAACUGAUUAUUCCCCAGCACAGCUAAGUCAAUGAGCCUCCAUUCAUCCACAAGUGGCAUCACAUUCAACUGUAGAUCUGAAAAUUUUUCAGAAAAGUUCCCGCCAAAUUUAGACCUCAUUGCCCUCAAAAGCAGCUCAAAUGAAAAUUCUGAAUUAUAAAAUUCGUCGAUGAAAAUUGUUGAAAUAUUUGUGGCACAUUUGAUGACUGAAUUGUCCUUGUAAUAUACACAACAUCCACUCUCAUGACUCUCAAAAUAAAAUAUCAUCGGUCUGUCCUUAUAGUUAUUAACCAGCACUGCCAAUUGCUGAGGAUCCAGUGGCAAUAAAGAACCCCGACAUUGCACAUUUAUCACAAAUGCUCGACCAGCUUUUAAGAAAUUUUGUGAGAAUUUUUCAUUGGAAAUAAGAUCGAUUGCUUCACGGAUUGAUGGAUGACUGUGAUUAUCAUGUCCUGAGAUUGUGACUGUUUUAUAUGUUGAGCCGAUAAGACAUAAUGCUGAUUCUGAUUGAGAAUAUGUGAUUGUGUAGAUGAAAUUUGGGUUGAUAGGCUUUAAUGAUGCCAUUUUUUAAGGUUGUAUGUUUUAGGUUCUGGUAGGGAUUACAUUUCUUGAACUUCCAAGUAGAUCAAAGUCAAUCUUGUUAUUUAAUUCAUCAAUAAGUAUGUGCUCAGUUGAUGUUUCAAUGACAAGUAGAGUAGAAAGUAUGAACCAGUUGGACUGAAUGAAUUGUUGUAGUCAUGUGAACUUUGGGAAGCCUGAUAGAUGAAUUAUUUUUGUAGAUGUCUAAAAGUAAAUAGAAUAGAAAAUAUUUUGCAAGUUCUUUUUCAUAAUAAUUGAAUGACUACAAUAGGAUUUCUAUAGUCGAGUGGUGGAAAACCUUUUUUGAGCCAUGGCACAUCUUGGUGGUGAGUUCACUGCAUACGGUUUGUGGGAUUUCUCAAUUUUUUUCUGUGUACACUAGUGUGCCGUGGCACAAGGGUUGGCCAUUACUGUCCUUAGUCAAAAUUUUCCACAUCUUAGUAAAUCGUUACUAAGGUUUAUCCUAGUUUAAUCAGAAGAACUCGACUCGCAAGUCACUUAAAGAAAAUAAGCUUCACAUAAAUCUUCACAACAAAAACCCGCGCUUCUUCUACUUUGCGUCAUAUUUUUUAUUUUGAAAAAUAUAUGAUGAACCUCUUGAGAAUGUAAAUUCCAGAUUUUUUUAUCGUGACAGAUUUGCAAAUAAAAUAUUUCUUAUCAUAUAAACAACAACUUGCUCUGUUACCGAUCAGUUCUAUUAUUGCCUUCGUUUUAUGAGCCUGCUUGCUUAAUUUAUCUAAAUCUAUUAGCAAUAAUUAUAAAUAUUUUGCCAUUGUAAAUUCAAGGAGGUCAAGAUGAAAACCUUCAAAAAUCCAGAAUCUUUUGAAAUGAACGAAAUUCAGUUUAAUAUUGAAGGAUUACAAAAGAAUCCAAAAACAGUUUUUCGUGAUAAAUUAAUUAUGAUAUUUGGAGAAUUUGUUGGAACUGCCAUGUUGGUAUUUUUUGGUUGCAUUGGAUGCAUUGAUUGGGGGAACCUAUCAAGUAUCACAGCACCUCUAAACUUUGGACUUGUAGUCAUGUUUUUAACUCAAAUUUUCGGACACUAUACAUAUGCUGUAUUUAAUCCAUCUGUGACAAUUGCAGCAACAAUCUGCAGAAUCAUUGAUAUUAAGCUAGGAAUCCUCUACAUUCUAACACAACUAGCAGGUGCAACAAUAGGAUAUGGACUGUUAAAACUUCUAAUUCCUCUAAACUUCAUCCCUGCCGAUCACUGCACAACACAACCCCUCGACUCAAUCUCAUCAGUUCAAGCUUUUCUUAUUGAAUUCUUUCUCACAUCAGCCUUAAUUCUCAUAAGUUGCAGCCACUGGGAUCCUCGAAAUCGACACAAUAGUGACUCAAUACCACUUAGAAUGGGACUCACAGUUGCUGGACUUGGCAUCACUGGAGGUCACUUAACAGGAGCUUCAAUGAACCCAGCAAGAACUUUUGGACCUGCAAUUUGGAAUGGACAGUGGAAUAGCCAUUGGAUUUACUGGAUCGCACCUUUAAGUUCGGGAUUUUUUUCAGCAUUUUUGUAUAAAUUUGUAUUUUGGAAUAAAAAUCCUAAAGAUAGUGUUGGAAGUUUGAAGUCGUAA